AUGCAGAAUCAGGAUAACCCAUUCGGGGGCCCGAUGGAUCAUGGAUCGAAGACUACUAUUUCUGAUGACUCUACUGGACGGCGGACUCAGACUGGGAGUUGUCCUGGGAAGUCAGCGAAUCGCGGUUCGAGGGGUAUGGAUGCACUUUUUGGAUUAAAGCCGAGCACGGAUACACCGCCAGCGUUUGUGGCUCAGUCUUCGCAUACUGGUGGACUAUUUGGAUCAUCGGAAAGGACGGCACAACACAGUGCCUUAUUCGGACCAUCAGCGGGGACGGCGAAUCUGACGCCAAACCCUUUCGCACCUGAUAUGCCCGGGCUGCAGCAGGACGGCGUGCCUUUUGGAUCACCAGCAACGACAGUGUCAAAUCCUCCUCGGGCACGGCCAAAUGGUGGACUUUUCGGGCAGUCACCGAGCACUGCGCUAACGCCUGCUACAUAUCCUACUCCUAAAGGUGGGGGUCUCUUUGGGACUGGAGUUUUCGGGCAGUCACCAAGCACUGCGCCAACGCUUACUACAUAUGCUACUCCUCAAGGCGAGGGCCUCUUUGGGGCGUCGAACAGUGCACCAAAGCCUCCCAUUGAGCAAAAGCAUCGUGGGUUUUACGGACCACCAAAGACAAAUAUGCCAGGCCCCGGUCGAUUUAUGGGUGGUCCACCUUUUAGUGAAGUGGCUCAUUCAAAUGUGCCCAAAAAGCCACAAACACUCCUUCAGGCCAUCAACCUCAACGCGAUUGACUCAGUUCAAGAAUUGCUGCCUCUCGCUAAUCCACAAGAACUUGAUGAAGCAAUGGAUGCUGUGGCAAGCAAAGGAGAUGUAGCUAUGAUGAAGUUGCUUCUGAGUUCCUCCCAUGUGAACGUGGAUUGUACCUCCAAUGAUACUCCUCUCUUCCGCGCAGCGCUUGGGCAUCACCUUGAAGCAAUGAAGUUACUUCUGGACCACGGCGCUGAUCCAAAUAAAGGGUCCAGAGGGUUGCGAUCCCGAGGCUGCAUUAUGGUCGUCAUUCCUAGAGAGUUAUCUACGCCAUUGCAUGCAGUUGCGGGAUUCGACACUCUAACAGGUGUCAAUACACGCCCUGCAUCCACGAAGCCAGCAGAGACCCAAAAGCGCGCCCAAGAGUGUUGUCAAUUGCUUCUGGAUGCUGGCUGCGACCCAAAUAUUCGGGGCUAUGAUGAUAACACGCCUCUCCAUUUCUGUGCAGGCAGUAACCUGUUCAUGGUGGCGGAAACGCUUUUAAAGCAUGGCGCAAACCCCUUUCCUGCCAAUAACGUGGGUCUCAUUCCUCUCGCACUAGUUCAGCCUCCAGUUCAGCCAGGUGCGGAUAGCGACAGUAUGGCCAUGAUUCAGCUUUUCACGAAACUUGGACGAAGAAUGGAUACAGCUUGUGGGACGGAUGGAAGCACCCCUCUCCAUCAUCAGUUCCGAUCCCGGCAUGAUAUGGAUCUGGGCCGCUUAGCCCCUUAUGUGACUGAUUGGAGCGUUGCCAAUAAAAAGGGAGAAACUGUCUUGCAUCAAAUUAUGAGCUGGACGCCUUUGCCGGCAUACAGAAUGGUGGCAGAUUUGAUCAAAUUGGGGGCCGAUGUACGAUGCAAAGACAAUCAGGGCCUUCAGCCGAUACAUCGUAUCAUAAGUCGCUAUAAUCCCGAGCUUUUGCUAGGCCAAGGACCUAUAAUUCGGCUUCUUCUUGGUGCUGGAGCUAACCUGGACGCAAAAGACUCACAAGGCAGAACUCCUUUACAUCAUUUGAUUAUAAAAACAAGCACGAAAACUGAUGGACAUGAAGUUGUCUGCGAUUUCAUCAGAGAAUUCAAUCCUGACAUCCACGCUGUCGAUAACGAUGGAAAUGGUGUACUCCAUUUUGUGGUACGGGAAGGGCCAUUAGGCUUCCCGAACCAUCUCGGUCUAUGGUCACCUGCCAUAUUGACAGGGUUGGUGCAUUUGGGCGCCGAUCCACUUCUCGUGAAUCAUUCUGGUGAAACCCUGAUGCAUAUCCUGAUGAGCUGCAAUUACACAAAAGCUGGAAACCUCCCACACAACAUCCUUCAAUUGUUGUUUGACUACGGGAUUCCAAGUACACACGAAGACAAAGAUGGAAACACCCCUCUACACACUCUUUGCUCAACACGAUUGAACUCAGACAGCUCUGACUGGCCGGAUGACGAAGGCAUCGAGCUCUUACUUUCCUCUGGCAAUCUCGAUUUCCUCCAAUCCCCAAAUAGCGCGGGUGUAGAGCCAAUCCAUCUCGCCGCUGCCAAUUCAAAAUCCCUUGUGUCUAAGCUCGUUGCCAGAGGUGUUUCAACUUCCAACCAAACAUUGUCGAAGCGAAAUGUUUUGCACUUUGCUGCAUCAGCACGGGAGGCCAACAAUAUUGGUCUGCUUAUCGAUGACUGUCGGGGAAAGCUCACCUUGGGCUCGCUUCUCAACCAACGCGAUUAUAACGGCCAUACACCCCUCCACGAAGCUUGCCAAUCCGGGUCUAUGGAAUGUGUGCGUCUUCUUGUUGGAGCUAGGGCGGAACUUGAUGUCCAAGAUAACACAGGCGCCACACCUCUGGAUCUAUGUCACAAUCUUAUUGACCAAGUUGAAGAAGCUAGCGUUAACCUUUGGGAGAAUCAACGCACCCGAGCGAGCCUCUUCCAAGACACUCGUAUCUGUUGUGAACCCAACUCGCAACCUAAUGAUGCUGGCCAGAUGAUGGAAAUCAUCUGCUUCCUCGAACAAACCAUGGGCCACGAACCACGAUUAAGGGGAGAUUACGAUCUUGACGUUGGUAGUCUCCCAUUCCAUUACCCAUUGUCGCGUGUCACAUCUAUAUUUCUUCGAGGGCAUUAUGGAGUCAUCAAGAAAUGCAUCGAGUCAGCCAUCGCGUUUCCUCUUGGCUCUGGAAUGUCCGGAUCAGUCCACCAAUCCCAACAGAAAAGUACCGACCUGCUUUCCCAGCUAGUCAUUGGCGGAUAUGUCUUUUUGUUUCACAUGAUCGCUGAAUCGCUUAAGGACAAAGACUGGCUACACGGUUUGAGCGGUGUACCUCCGUACCUCUUCACUGCAGCCACACGAAGUGAACCAAAUAUGGAAAUACUACGUCUACUGGUGGAGAAAUAUGGCGCCAAUGUGAAUGCAAAAGGCCAACUCUGGAAUUGUAUCUGGGGCUAUCAUGACUAUGGUGCCCUGCAUAUGCUGGCUCGGGGUUACAACUGGUGGCAGAAUAGAGCAUUGCAAUACUUGCUGGAGAAGGGUGCUGAUCCAAAUCUGAAGGAUGGCUAUGGGAGGACACCACUGCGGUUGGCUGUGAUUAGCCUGAUUAACGGUGCUCCUUUUAGCAAGGAUAUUAUUAGGUCUUUGCUGGAUAAAGGCGCUGACCCAAAUAUUGCAGAUGAUCAGGGUCUUGGGCCUUUGGAUGAGGAAAUUGGUGACUCUGAGGUUGUUGAUCUUCUCAACAAGGCGAGAAAUGGAUCCGAGCCAAUCUAG